AUAAGAUUUCCUGAUAAAUAAUCUCAAAUUCAAAUCAGACAUAAUAUGCACGAAUCGUUAGAAAAAACAUCGAUACACUUCCUCGUAUUAGUCGUAUAUAUAACAUAAACGGAACCACGAGCGAGCACGAGAAAACGGGGCGGGUUCCAAAGUCAACAAGGGCUUAUACUGAUGUUAAUUAGACAAGAAUCAUUUAAGAUGAGCAGAAAUUGGCAAGGCGAAGCGUUGAAGUUGUUUCAUAAGCUGCCAUGGAAUAGUCACAUUGCAUGAUGUUCUGUUAUGAUUUGCCAGAUUUGAACUUAAAUUGAAGCAGUUGAUUUCUUUCUGGUGGAUCCUUCUUAAGAGAUAGACUCUGACACAUACGGAAUACCUUUCGCGUUGAGGGAUAUAGGAUGCUAUACGAUGAUCUGAGAUACCUUGGAAGACAAUGGUGACCUGGGAAGGUGUGCUCUGGACAUGAGGGCCAAUGCUGUUCGCUGUGCAUUGAGUUGACACCACUACCCAAACGUCAUCAUUUUGGAUAUAGGCCUACCUGAUGGAACAUAAUAUAAACAAGUAAAUUGGUUCCCUGAUCUGAAGGGUGGCAACAAUGGAGGAAGAAUUGGUUUAACCGAAUUAGACUGUUAUAGGGUGUAUCCAAGUAAAUAUGCUAAGAUACGGAGUAAUGAAUGUUGAAUCGUUACAUUGUGGCCCCUAAGUUGCAUCUACAUGACCUGGUUGAUAUUUACGUAAUUCGGCUUGGAUUUGAAUAGUACAUGUAUUUCUGUGUGAUAACUAUAUUAUUCGCCUUCUUUCAAGGACAAUAAUAUUAUCCGAGAUCAUGCCUCAACGUCAGCGUGAGCUCCGUACGAUGCAAGGCAUGUCUUACCGCCAAUCUCCGGCGGAGGCACUCAGCGGAUGCCGUCAUCUACGGUGCAAGGCAUUCCUGAUCAUUGUCCUCGGCGUCCUGAUGGUAGCAUCGUUCCCUGCCACCUACGCCUCGGCUCUCCUCAUCGUAGGCGUGUUCCUCAUCCUCCUCGGGUUCGCUCUCGCGUUCAUGUACUGCGUCGCCAGGGACGUCGGGAAGGACAACCCGGAAGCUGGGCAGGGUGUCAAUCGCAGUUGGGACCGUCUCCGUCGUCAACGACUUCAAAGACGUCGUCGUAGGAACUCGUCGGGGAGAAGACCUGCUAAUGCCCAUCAGUCAUCAGAAGAACAUAAUCAACAUGACGAUGACGAUGAACAUGAUACUCCUCCGCCAUCAUAUGAGACUAGCAUCAGUGUCGAAGAGCUUAUGCGCUGCCCGGAGCCGUCUGAUUGGACCUUUCUACCAUCCGAACCACCUGUAUACUUCCCACCAAUCACAGCUCUCGACACAAAUCAUUCUUCCACCGCAGCGGAUGACCACACGGAAACCGACCAAUCAGCAUUGCCGAUUUAUAGCAUCAGUCGUGAGAUGAGUUACACGCUGCCAACGUAUGAACAAGCACUUGAUGAAAGUAAUACGCCUGGUACGGGGAAUGAAAAUAAUGACGACGAUGACACACAGUUUCUUACUGAUCAAAGCAUAGUCGUGGUUGAAGUAGACGAUGAUCGUCAGAUUGACGCCGAACAAACUUCUUCAGUAUUACGUGAAACUAGUAUAUCCCACUCUCACAUAACACAACCGUUAACCACCAUAUCCGCAUUGAGUAACAAUGAGAAUUCUGAUACUUUUACACAGGUAUUGAUUUAGACAUUUUUGUUACACGAGUUUCUAUAUCGAUAUCAUGACUAAAAUUUUCUUUCUAUUUUUAGCCAAUUCUUCCCUUUCCUAUAUUUUCUUCACUUUUUCUUCAUCUUCUUCUUUUUCUUCUUCUCCACAUUCUUCUCCCUUCUUUUUCUUCUUCUUCUCCUCCUCCUCCUCCUUCUUCUUAAUUAUAUUUCUUUCUUUUCUCCUUCUUCGCCAUUAUCAUCAUCUUCUUCUUCUCCUCUAACUCCUCCUCCUUCUUCUUCUUCCUCCUCCUCCUCCUCCUCUUCUUCUUCUUCUCCUCCUACUUCUUCUUCUCUUUCUUUCUUUUAUCCUUCUUCGCCAUUAUCAUCUUCUUCUUCUCCUCCAACUCCUCCUCCUUCUUCCUCCUCCUCCUCCUCUUCUUCUCCUUCUUCUUCUUAUUCUGUUUUGUCUUUCUUUUUUGUCUUUGACUUCAUCUCCUCAAUUUCUUCUUUCCCUUUUGCUGAUUUUUGGGCGCAGCUAUUAUUGGGCGGGGCGGUUGUCAUCUGAGUCCCAUCUGGAUCAACCUAUAUACGAGGUAUCCGAGGUAUUUACAGGGUGAUAUUAUGAAAGCUUUUAUAUUAUACGACUUAUCUAUGCAAAACCUAGGGCUCGUUUCAAAAUAAGAACUUUGCAGUAUCAGUUUAAAGCUUAUUGAAGUCAUUCGAUUAAUUUGGUUGGCUGACAGUAAGCUUGUUAUAGAUAUUGUCAAUGUGUUAUGCUAACAAGUCUUUAUGAGCUGUACAUAGAGAAGGAAGAAAUGUGAUGAAAAUAACCUGGAAGAGUAAUCAAUAAAUCGUUAUCAAUGAAAUGUAUCAGGUUCAGGGUGGCUUUUUUAUGUCAAAACAUAUUCCAUGCAGGGAUGUCACCAACAUUUGUUUAUAGGGGGAGACCAUUUAAAGAUGACGUCAUCCACACCUCCAUCGAAUGACAGGAUAGUUUAAAGUUACAUGACUCACACCAUUAUGUUUACAUUAUUUUUUCUUCCAUUCUCUUUUCUUUGUAAAUAUUUGUUUUCACUAGUGAAAAAUCAAAGGGGAGACCCCCCCCCCCCCCGGUGGCGCCCUCUCCGAAUCCAUGUUACACAAUACUUUCAUCAAGACAUGUAGGAACCUUUAUUUUAAAACGUAUCGGGAAAAUUGACUAUAAUUAUGACAGAUUGAAGUGACUAGUGGUGCGCGUGGAUCGAAAGGGAAAAUCGGGAUUUUAAAAAAAAUUGAGAUUUCCUUCCUCUCUUCUUUCAAAUAUACAAUCCGCAUUGAUUUGGAAACAAUGUGAGUAUAAAAAUAUCAAUAGCCUAUAUAACGAAAGUACAAUAAAAAGAUAUUGACCUGUAUUCUGAAAUGUGGUUUAAACUGUGGCCUCAAGUUGUGGUUCAAUGGACAGCCUGCCAAUUGUGACAAUGAAGUAUCUUUAACAGUACAAAAUCGGUUUAUUGACUCAUUUGAAACUCAAAUCACUCGUAAACGACUGCGAAUAAUUACUGAAAUAGUUCCCUUCAUCAUAAAAAUAUGAGGAAAGAGACCAAUAUAGAAAGGAAACAUAUAAUAUUAAUGCAUUUUAAAGUUGUGGCUUUUCAUAAUGUUAACACAGAGUUAGACCAUGUCCUAAAGUAAUACGGACUAUAUAUUCCAAUACAUUUAUUUCAGUGCGUACUGCAUGCUAAUUGGGACAACAUAUUUUCAUACUGCUCAGGUUAAUGUUAUACAGAUAUCUUGGGGUUGGUGAUGUAUACUGUAUUAAUGUAUUAAUCUUUUUUUAAUAAUAAAUUAGAUACCCAUUUCUUGUGUACUGAAUUAAAAACAAACAAGGUAGUUCUAAUGUUGUUCAGCAGUGUAUUCUAUUCAAUGAUUGUUUCUAAAUAGUUUAUAUGUAUAUACAAAUGAUAGAAAAUUGUUUAUUUUAGAAACAGUAUCACGCCUUUUUCUCAGAUUUUAAAAAGGUUAUGUUUGUGUUCCUUGUAUCAGACGAUUAUAUUUUUCAACGUUUAUAUAAUGAACUAAUAUAUUUAUAGAAAUAUGCUCCAUUUACAGCUUCAAUAAUCAAUGGAAGAAAAAGAAGAUACAGUUUUUAUAAAGAGGAAAUCAUCAUCGUAGUUUGUUGAAUAUCGAUCGUCAUUUAAUAUUCUGUUGAAGAUAUGCUCUAAAAAAAGGUUUACAUAAUAUUGGGUAACUUGGGAACAUGUAUGUUUGUUAGGUAAAGAAAUACCAAAUAUUUUGUAAAUUUUACGCAAUUUUGCGUUGAAAUUUACCAUUCAAACAUGCAUUUUGCCCAAUAUUGAGGGAGAAAAUUACCCAGCAAACAUGCAUGUUCCCUUUCUACCCAAUACUGUGUAAUUUUUUCACUCUCUGUUUUUAGAGUGUAUAAGUCUUUUCACAGGUGUAAAUAUGCAAGACGAAUUUGGGGGUCCAUUGCCCUCAAGCCCCCCCCCCCCCUUCCCCACCCACAAUCUGUACACCAUUGCUCGCCGUGCAACAAUCACACCAACAAACCGACCCAAUCCGAUGAAUGGUAUAUGUCACUGCGAACUACGCGAUAAAAGUCUUUAAUGUGACUGUGGCAUCAAACGGACCAAACCGACUCCUGAUGGGGCCCGUAACACAAAGGUUAGCGAUUAAUCGCUACAUGAAAUCAGCGUUGCAUGCGCAUUUUAUUCAGUAGACUGACUAAUAGCCAAUCAGGUCCCCGUUGCAAAAAAAGUUACCAUUAAUAAUAAUAAUUAUAAUUGCUUAUACAGCGCUUGACACUAACUUUAUCAGAAGUUUCUAAGCGCUCUACAGUAAUGCAGCAUAAUUACCAUGACUUUAGCAGAGCAUUAUUAUGGUAACUUUGCCAUCCAAUGGUAACUACCAUGGUAAAGCUGAUCAACAGCCAAUCAAAAUCUAGGAUUUCAUGGAAGUUACCAUUGGAUGGUGAGUUACUAAAUGGUUACAUUAUGCAACGCGGCCCAGAAUUGUUUCUUUCUUUCGUUGCAGAAAUGGUCGCGAUUAAACGCAAGUCAGAAAGUCAAGCGCAUUAGAAAUCUACAUUUUCUAUCAUUUGUUUCGUUAAGGCAGACAAAAUGUCAAAGAAAUACAGGAUUUAUAUGACAAUGGUAACUUUUAUUCGAUUUUUCCAUAGAUAGAUACAUUAUAUAAACAGAUUAUAUAUAGUAACGACGAUAUGAAAUAACCCAGAUUACCGUAAAAUGAUAAUACAAAAUGUAAGUGGCAUCACAAUAAUCAGUUGCAAUAAUGCAACUGAUAUAUAAACAUAAUAAUGAAUACAUACACUCUUUAAAAAAAAUUAGUCAAAUUGAAUAGAUCAGUUGGGUGCACUGAUAUAUCCAGUCAUAUUUUCGACGUAUAUUUCAGUCAGAAAUAACUCUGUUCUAGUAAAAUACGACCAUAAUGAUAUAGUCAAAUAUGACUAGAAUAACAGUUUCACCCUUGCAGCUCACCCUAUCAACUAGUUAUUUUGACUGAUUUAUUUUGAAAGUGAACAUGAAAUAAAAAUCAACGCAAUGACAUCUAUACAAUACUAAAUUUUGAUAUUGAUGAGACCAAUUCAUAUGUUCAUCCAAAUUAAAUCGCUCCCAAAUGUUAACCCCCCCCCCCUAAUUUUAUCUUUAUACCGACUCAACUUGAUUGAUAAGAUCUGCAGGAGGUUUUCAAAGUGUGACCGUAGCCAUACAAACAUGAUUAUCGUGUCACGUACACUUUUCCAUCUCUUUCGUUUUCCUGUUGAUCAGCGAGGUCCGUCUGUGAGUGAGUGCUGGGGCUGGAUUCUGGAGAACUUUAAUCUCUCUUUUUCUUAUUUCCUUUUCUAUUUUAAUUUCCCCUAUUUCCUUUUAAUUUAACAGGUUCAUGCUCAAGUUGUUAUUUUCAUUUUUAUAUGCUAUGCAACUACAAGAAUAUUUACUAGGAGGCUGCACUCUACAAGCUCCGCUUUUUAGCAGCCUCCUCCAUUUCCAACCUGAUAUGUAAUAAUCUUGAAUAUAAUUUUUGUACAGGGAUACUUGAAAUAUGUUUUGUUAUUUAUAUGUCAAAAUGUACAAAACAAACUGUAAUCGUUGAAAAUGGAAAUAAACGAAAUGAAAUG